CUGAGGCGAGGGGCACAAGCAGAGACAUGGACAAUGUGCAAAUGAUCGGCACUAAAAUCACAGCGAUCAAGGAAUACUUAUAUAAUUUCGCCCGGACCCACUCACCGACCAGACUGAUGAGCUCCGAAAACACGUACUCGCUCUCCAGGGAGCACUGUAACUUGAAAUAUUCGGAUAUCCUGCCGCACAAUGUCGAAGGUUAUCCAGCAACCAGGGAAUUCCUGAUGAAAGUGGUGGACAUUUUAUUGGAUUUCAUCAAGUCCACGAACGACAGAAACGCGAAGAUACUCGAUUUCCAUCAUCCCUCCGAAAUGAUGCGUCUCCUGGAUCUCGAAAUUCCCGACACCGGUUUGACACUUCAGCAACUUCUCAUCGAUUGCUCUACCACUCUGAAGUAUCAAGUAAAAACCGGGCAUCCCCAUUUCUUCAACCAAUUAUCGUGCGGUCUCGAUCUUGUCUCGAUGGCUGGCGAAUGGCUGACAGCGACGGCGAACACGAACAUGUUCACCUACGAGAUCGCGCCGGUAUUCAUUUUGAUGGAGCACGUGGUGCUUCAAAAGAUGCGAGAGCUCAUCGGCUGGAGCGGUGGCGACUCCAUUCUUGCACCGGGAGGUUCUAUCAGCAAUCUCUAUGCUUUUCUCGCUGCUAGACACAAAAUGUUCCCUGCUUACAAGGAACGAGGCCUCGCUGCUAUCGGGGGACAGCUGGUCAUGUUCACGUCUGACCAGUGCCAUUAUUCGGUGAAAUCAUGCGCCGCUGUCUGCGGGCUAGGAACAGACAACUGCGUGAUGGUUCCCAGUGACGAACGAGGACGUAUGAUUCCGUCGAAGUUGGAAGAACUGAUUCUAGAGCGUAAGGCCAAAGGACAUAUCCCAUUCUUCGUGAACGCUACCGCUGGAACAACCGUCAUCGGAGCAUUCGAUCCUAUUCCAGAAAUCGCUGAUAUCUGCCAGAGACACCAGCUCUGGCUGCACAUCGACGCGGCUUGGGGUGGAGGACUGCUUCUUUCGAGGAAAUACAGGCACCCGCGAAUGACAGGCAUCGAACGAGCCGACUCGGUCACCUGGAACCCGCACAAACUCAUGGGAGCGCUGCUUCAAUGUUCGACGAUUCACUUCAAGGAGGACGGAUUGCUGAUUAGCUGCAACCAAAUGUCCGCCGAGUAUUUGUUCAUGACGGACAAACUGUACGACGUGAAAUACGACACCGGUGAUAAAGUGAUACAAUGCGGGCGUCAUAAUGACAUCUUUAAACUCUGGUUGCAAUGGCGAGCCAAGGGUACAGAAGGAUUCGAGAAACAUAUGGAUCGACUGAUGGAACUUUCGGAAUACAUGGUCAGGCGGAUCAAGCAGAUGCCUGAUAAAUAUUACUUGAUACUGGAACCCGAAAUGGUGAACGUUUGCUUCUGGUACCUGCCAACACGCGUCAGGAACAUGCCACAUACGCAGGAGAGGAUCAAGAUUCUUGCAGAUAUUUGUCCCAUCUUGAAAGGCCGAAUGAUGCAAGCUGGAACGUUGAUGGUCGGCUACCAGCCAGACGAUCGGCGACCCAACUUCUUUAGAAACAUUAUUUCGAGUGCCGCGGUAACGGAAGCGGACGUCGACUUCCUACUGGCCGAAAUGGACCGGUUAGGCCACGAUCUGUAAGAAACCUGCCUGUUCUAAUUAGCUGCGAAAUCAGCCGCGGAGAUGCAGCUGAUUUCAUCGCAACAUCGUAUCGAAAGUGAUUUCCUGCUAUUAACGGGAGCGGGAGAACCGCGUCGCAUUUCACUGCGUGUACAAAAUCCGGAGGCCAAAUUCGAGGCUCGCAAUCAUGGUUACUAACUUAAGCAGACGUAAACCGACUCUCUCCUUUCUCUCGCGUUUUAUUUGCCUUUUUUCCAAUAAAAAAAUUCAAUUAAAAACUGUUUUUAAUUACUCUAAGAAAAGAGUUUUCCCUUUGUUUCAAUUCAAUUGAAUUAAAAUUUCACUCAAGAGGUUUUUGUUUUCCUGAGAUAUCUGGCGCUGUUUCCGCGAGUUCAAACUUUCAGAUCAAUAUCCCCUUCCCGAGAAAUGGAUAUUGCAAUGAAAUCGGACGACUGUUUUCAACGUUGUUUAAACAUUCGAGAUUAUAAAAUUGACGACAGGAGAGAGUCGGUCAUCGAAUCAUCGUUCGUAGCGCACGAGAAAUGCUUCUUCAGCAUAUUACGAAACAGCUACAAGAUCGAAGGAUACUCAUAGCAAGUAAGUUACUCUAGGUGUAAGCGUACAGCACAUCCGUGAAACGAAGAGUCAAGUUACAAAGCUCUAGCGAUGCUUCCGGCCGUAAAUGUUACUAGUUUUCAUUCCUCAGCGCUAUACGUACUCACUAAAGAGGGGAGAAAGAGGAGACGAAGGAGUAGCAACGACGCGUUUUCAUCGUAAAUUCAAGCAAUAGCGACAAAAUAGUUAAUCGCGCUUAUAGUGAUCGAGAGUAAUUGAUUUUCGAUUCGAGAGUACAUGUAUAUACACGUUCCAAUAGUUGGUCCCGUUCGUUUCGUUCAGAAUCGUUGUUGAAAGUUACAAGAUCCAAGAUGAGGUGGAAAUUCACGUUGCGUAAGCGUUCACGAGGAGACAAUAAGUAAGAAUGAAGCUGACGACAAGAAUUGUCACGAACGAGAAGAAAGAAAAAGAGAAACCCCAAAGAAAAUUGAACUUAAACUGAAAAUUCGUUCGAAGAGAACGAGAUAGAUGUACAAAAUAUUUUUACUUGGAACGGUACACUGCGGAGUAAUAUAGAAAUAAUGAUAUUAGUUCGCUUAGAGGGGUGCGUUACUUUGUUGAGAGAUUAAACGAAUUUGUUACUUAUUGAUCGUUUGCAAAAACACUAUAUAAUGCAAGAGGGGAGGGGGGGGAGGUCCGUAUCCAUUAUUAUAUACAAAAUGUACGUUAUUAUUUAUUAUUGAAGAGUUUCACCAAAAAAAUGGAGAGUAAUAUUUAUUAAAAUACAAAUUAUAGGAAAUAUAAAAAAAAAGUAUAAAUGUAUUUAAAAUUAAAAAAAAAAAAAGUAUAAGUAAAGAAAGCGUAUAUUAUAUAUAAAUAUAUAUAUAUAUAUAUUAUAUAUUAUAUUUAGCGUUGAGAUUUUAAAAUACAAAACACAAACCCAUGAAAGUACAUGCUUUUUCAAAUAUUGCGAACGGUUGUCAUUUAGUUCAUCGAUUACCUUUAUACACCGUUGGAAACUGAUCUUAUUACAUACUUGACAAAAGAAUCUCUUCUUAGAAAUUAGUUUUCGUCUUUUACACAACUUUUUAGGUGAACUCUGUCGAUCGUUAGCUCUGUCGCGUCAUGUACGUUGAUUCAUUUCAUUAAUAGAAAAGGAAAGAAGCACCGACUCAAAGGAUUACGAUAUUUUUGCCUCGUAACGAAACGACGAAGAAAUCUCAAUCUGUUCGACAGUGAAAAUAUAUAUAAAAAAAGAAAAAAAGGCAACAUUUAAAAACCGAACGACUCUAUAAAGAUUUUUCGAUUCACUCGCCAUUGAGAAAAAAAAAAAAAAAAAAAAGAAAAGGAUAAAGAUGACUCUAACCGUAAGUAAAUACAAAA